GAGGAGAGGAGGGGAGUCGGGCACAAAGAGUAGCCUCAGUUAUAAAGGCCUGAGCCCUUGGCAUGAGUAGAGGACUUCAUGUGGCCAGGGUUGGAGAUGUCUGUGGAAGGUUGGCUGCAUUUCAUAUCACACCCAGGUUCCUCUGCGGGGAGAAUGGAUGAAUUCCAUCCUUUCAUCGAGGCGCUGCUGCCGCAUGUGCGUGCCUUCGCCUACACCUGGUUCAACCUGCAGGCCCGUAAGCGCAAGUAUUUCAAAAAGCACGAGAAGCGGAUGACCAAGGACGAAGAGCGCGCCGUCAAGGAUGAGCUCUUGGGCGAAAAGCCCGAGGUCAAACAGAAGUGGGCUUCGCGCCUCCUUGCCAAGCUCCGCAAAGAUAUCCGGCCUGAGUGUCGGGAGGACUUUGUGCUGUCAAUCACGGGGAAGAAGCCUCCAUGUUGCGUCCUCUCGAACCCGGACCAGAAGGGGAAGAUGAGGCGUAUUGAUUGUCUGCGGCAGGCGGAUAAAGUCUGGCGUCUGGACCUGGUGAUGGUGAUUCUGUUCAAGGGCAUCCCGCUUGAGAGCACAGAUGGGGAGCGGCUGGUCAAAGGCGGUCAGUGCUCCAAUCCCAUCCUCUGCGUCCAGCCUCAUCACAUCAGUGUGUCCGUCAAAGAGCUGGACCUCUACCUCGCCUACUUUGUGCAGGAGAGAGAGGCUGAACAGAGCAGUAGUCCUCGGACAGGUAUUGGUUCAGAUCAAGAGGACAGUCGAGCAGCCACCAUGGAUGCUCCAGAGUUUCAAGAGAGCUUUGUAACUUCAGGCGUCUUCAGCGUAACAGAACUGGUGCAAGUAUCAAGAACUAGGGUGUUUGCUUGUAUUGGGGUGUGUUUGUGUGUCGGAGAGCUGCAGGGUCAUCUUGCCUAUGAUCUGAACCCUUCAGGGGUGGGAAUGAGGAGAACCCUUCCCAGCACCUCCUCUAGCGGAAGUAAGAGACACAAGUCUGGAUCCAUGGAGGAUGAUAUAGACACCAGCCCAGGGGGCGAGUACUACACCUCUCCCAACUCCCCUGCCAGCAGUUCACGCAACUGGACAGAGGAGAUGGAAGGAGGAAUCUCCCCUACAGUUAAGAAGACAGAGAUGGAUAGUCCGUCCCCUCAGGAGAGCUCUCCACGUCUCGGCUUCACACAGCACCACAGACCUGUCAUUGCAGUGCACAGCGGUGAGGGGACAACGAUUCAUAUUAUUUUGUCGUCUCUGCACUUCCCUGGCGCUCCCAUUCUCCCCCAGACUGCCUCCACCUACUUCCAGCACACGGCCAUCCGGUACCCCCCACACCUCAGCUCUCAAGACCCGCUCAAGGAUCUUGUCUCUCUGGCCUGUGACCCGUCCAAUCAACAGCCCAGCCCGCUGAAUGGCAGUGGUCAGGUGAAGGUAUCCAGUCACUACAUCUCCUCUCAGAUGCUGGCCCCCCCGCCACCCCCCGGCCUGCCCCGUCUGACGCUGCCCCCAGAGUCCAAAUCCAGCACCACCUCUGCAGACGCAGCUGCCAGCUCACCCACCUCCCCCACUUACUCUGCUCCCGGGACGCCACCUGCCAACCGCUCCUUCGUAGGAAUUGGUUCUCGAGACACUGGCAGUCUGUAUCAGGCACAGUCCUGGUAUCUGGGGAACUGAUCAUCACACACACGGAGACGAACCCGACGAGGCACAGACAUGGAUCUGAAAAAUCAAUUUUUUGUGGAAUUUACAAGAAAAAAAGUUGUGAACGAGAUGCAAGAGGGAAAAUCAGAUAUAUAUGCAGUAUUUGUAUAUAUACACACACACACACACACACACACAUAUAUAUAUACACAAUAUGUGUGUAUAGAUGUAUGUGCACACAUAUUUAUAUAUGCAUAACAACGUACAGUAUAAGAUGCUUCAAUACACUUUUUUUUUAAAGACAAUGGAAACGGAUAAGAGCGUGAAAGAAUGGCCAUAGAUGGAACAGAAGAAAAGGAGACAAAAGAGGAGGAUGUUUUUUGUUUUUCUGGGAGGGCAGCCCGAACUAUGAAAUAUAUUGGCGGACGUGUUGAAAAGGCCCACUCUGAUUCCCUGCCUCCUGGAAUGCCUUUCCUCAAUCCCCUCCUUCUGCUACAGGUGCUGCUUCCUCCUAUAUGCAAAAUAAGUAUCCUUUAUUUUCUUAAUGAACAGGGAAGAGAAACCCCAACGAAAGGGUUUUUCCGCUAGCAUUUCGCCACAGAUUCGGAGGUGAGCACGGUCUGUUUUUAUUCUUUUUUAAGUGCGCAAAGGCAACACGGCGUGGAAAAGGAAACGAAAAGGUCGGUGCUUCCGUUCACAUGACAUUUUGGAAAAAGAAAAGAAACAAAAAGGCUACUUUUCAUCCAGUUUUAUUGACAAUCAUGUAUCUGCGUCCUUGGUUUCGUUCAGAGGGUGAUGUUUUCUAAAUUGCAUUCUCCGUCGUUUGUAACGGAGUCCACUUUUUGGUGGAAGCUUGUCAUGUUUUUUGUACAUCGGAGGAAUAUUAGUGGUACCUCAGUGACAUUAUACAUCACAGUCAGCGUCUAUACACACAUGCGCACACACUUACAUGGAAACACACCUAUCUUGAGGCAAUGGCAUGUACUUUUAAAGGCUACACGAGGUGUGUGUGAGCUGUGAAACAGCCUUCAUAGGAUGAGCCAGGGAAUAGCAAGGGUGAAUCAGCACCUUUCUCUCUACGCAAUAUGAAAGCCCCUCAUUUCCUGGACCCCGCUGUAAGUGUGUGUGCGUGUGCAUCCGUGUGUUUGUGCGUGUCAUAAACAUUGGUAGUCCCUUAUUCAUCUCUGUGAGUUCACAGAUUAGGGGGUUUUGAUUCAUGUAGAUUCGUGGAUUUUUCCACAUAGCGACAAAGGGAGUUGAAAUAUAGUUCUGUCAUUACUUAGACAGUAUUGGGUGUAGAGGAUAGAUUUUUUUUUCUCUAUGUGUAAUUUGUUUAAAUUCAUUGGAAAUUACAGGCAUUGCACUACUUUAAAUUUUUAUUUUUCCUCUUUUGCAAAUUUCUGUUCGGCCUAAUCAUAUGGAAUGCUGCGAUUAGUCGAUUAUUUUUGUCAUGUUCUGAUCUCACGGUAGAUGAGGGUUGGUUUCCUAGUAGCUAAGAAGCUGAUCAGAACAAUCCAACAUUUUCUAUGUAAAUGUGUCCAUGUUUAUGUGAUUACUUUUAUACGAUUCCCAUAGUUUAA